AUGAGAGAAGUCCAUGUUGGUAUAGGAAAAAAACAGAGACAAGAAGGAUAUGACAUCUUUCUUCUUCUUGCAUUUUCUAGAGAACUUUGGAAAACUGAAGUGGAAGAUUUGUUAAAGAUAGGAACGUGUGUAGGAGCUAUUUAUAGCAAGAGGAAGAAACAUGCUGAACAUAUAGAUAUGGUUUUAGGUUAUAAUGGGAAGGAUCAGUUAGUAAAACCAAAAUCAAUCCAAGGUGGUGCUUCUUCAGUUGCUUCAGGUGGAGUUGGCCAAGACACUACUUCAACUAAUAUUGAACAGGCUGGAGCUGCUGCGCGAAAUGGAAAAAAGACUACAGAAAAACCCAAACCGAAAUGCAAAUUCAAUAAGAAAAAAGUCAAUAAAAAUAGCAAGCUCAAGCAAGCAGAGGCCAAUCCAACAAACCAGACUCAACAAUUCAUAGGUCUCUAUGUCUGUAAGGAACUUGAUGGGGUUAAAACUCUCGGAACUGUUGCUUCCUAUGAUGCUGAAACAAAGUUGUUUAAGAUUGGGUAUGACAAUCUUAAGAUAGAACACAUAGAGCUGGCUGAGGUUUUGAAAAUUAAGGCAACAGGGCAAGACAUAUUUGAGGCUCGACAGCUGCUACAAGAAAGACCUAGUUCAGAGAAGAAGAGUGAUGAUGAAGAAGAGCAUAUUGAUGAUGAAGAAGAGUAG